GCUGGCUGCACACACGCAUUUGACACAUGAACAGUACGUAUAUGUCAUGUACGCAUGCCUAAGGAACAACAGUCCCGCGACCCCAUACGAUUAGUGCGAUUGACAGACAGGACAGGACGAGGGCGGCAACGGCAACGACAACGCGAUUCGAACGUAAACAAAUGCGAUUAUCGAGCGCGAAUUCGCUCUUAACUCGUGAUCCAUCGACACGAUUGAUCCGAGCGCGAAUUAUCGCUGAGUGCGUCCCGUGCCCGAUCGCACGAUAUUAUCGUGCAGUGUAAUUGCGCAACAACAAAGCCAUCGUCGAGGAGUGGGCGAGCACAUUUUUCCUGCGCGUCAACCAGAAGCGUCAGCUAGGCAAACGUCGACUAAUCGCUGGAGGAGAAACUGUCAGUUAGAGAAAUGGAUGAUGAUGAUCAGUAUCAGUCUGGUUACGAUGUGGGCUCCUUUCCAAAAGAUUUUGGGUAUACGCCAUUUGAUGGUGAUGGCGAUGGUUCUGCGGGUCCCAUGACAGGAGAUCAAAAGCCUAGAAUAUUGUUAAUGGGUCUAAGACGAAGUGGGAAAUCAUCGAUACAAAAGGUGGUCUUUCACAAAAUGUCACCAAACGAAACACUUUUUUUGGAAAGUACAAACAAAAUUAUUAAGGAUGACAUAUGUAAUUCAAGUUUUGUACAAUUUCAAAUUUGGGAUUUCCCUGGGCAGAUAGACUUCUUUGAUCCCACAUUUGACAGUGACAUGAUUUUUGGUGGCUGCGGUGCCUUGGUUUUUGUUAUCGACGCACAAGAUGAUUACAUGGAGGCUCUCAAUAAACUGCAUUUGACAGUUACAAAAGCAUAUAAAGUUAAUCAAGCUAUAAAAUUUGAAGUUUUUAUACAUAAAGUCGAUGGAUUAUCAGAUGAUUACAAAAUGGAAACACAAAGAGACAUACAUACUCGAGCGAAUGAUGAUUUGAUUGACUCUGGUUGCGAUCAAAUACAUUUGAGCUUUCACUUGACAUCGAUUUACGAUCACAGUAUAUUCGAAGCAUUUAGUAAAGUUGUACAAAAGUUAAUACCCCAGUUACCGACCUUGGAAAAUUUACUGAAUAUACUUAUCUCUAACUCGGCAAUAGAGAAGGCCUUUCUUUUCGACGUUGUUUCAAAAAUAUAUAUUGCGACCGACAGUUCGCCUGUUGAUAUGCAAAGUUAUGAACUUUGCUGUGAUAUGAUUGAUGUCGUAAUCGACGUCUCAUGUAUAUACGGAUUACGAGAAGAGGUAGAAGCAGCAGCAUUCGAUAGCCAAAGUUCGAGUUUAAUUAAAUUGAAUAAUGGAACAAUUUUGUAUUUAAGAGAAGUAAACAAAUUCCUUGCUCUUGUCUGCAUUUUAAGAGAGGAUAAUUUUGAUAGGCAAGGUGUGAUCGACUACAAUUUUCUGUGCUUCCGCAAUGCGAUUCAACAGGUCUUCGAGCUACGUAACAAAGCCCUGGCUGCGGCGACGAGCAACAGCACAAACCCGGGCAUUAGCACCAACAACCACUCGGCCUCACCCGUGAGCAACAGCCUCGUGGAUAAGGGACCGGGGAGUGUGAGUGUGAGCGCGAGCGCAGCGCAGUCCCUGAUAACGACGCAGGCGGUCGCUGGCCCUAGUGGCACCCUCGCCCAGAACGGGACGAUUGUACUAGCGCAAAGCUAA